ACGUUACGUAAAAUACGUCAUAGGUCAGAGCGGAAUUACAGAGCAGGCGAAACAUGGCGGCUCAAACGAAGAAAGUGUUUGAAAUUUUCGUGUCUAAAGUACCAUGGACUGUAGCGAGCAAGGAGAUGAGGGAGUACUUUGGACAGUUCGGCCCAGUAAAGAAGUGUCUUAUUCCAUUUGAUAAAGAGACAGGCUUCCACAGAGGUUUUGGCUGGAUCGGAUUUACAACAGAGGAAGGAUUAACCAACGCUCUACAGAAAGAGCCUCAUGUACUGGAGGGAGCAAAGCUCCUUGUCCAAAGGAACAGACGUCCGUUCACAGAGCAGAAGACUAACAAAGACAGUGAAAUUGACUGAAAGACUUUUAACCUGUGUAUGGACGAGAUAACAAAGAUGCUUUGUUGUUUUCUCAAGCCCAGAUUCUCUCCAUCUUCACCAACUGCUCGAUGUGUAAAAUAUUUCUGAUUCUGUUUGAGUCACUAAGAAACUUUAGACCAACGCAGGAUGGGGUUGUGCUUAAAUUUCUAUCCUUAAGUCUUUGUUAGACCAGAAGAUAUUACUGCUGAUUCAUUGAAUUUGGGCCAGAGCAUGUUGUCUUUUUUUUUUUUUUUUUUUUUUUUUUUUACUGCAUUGUUAAUGCAAAUGUCUUUAUUUAUUGUCAUUGAUAAUGCUGUACUUCCUGUACAAUCCCCUCACAUACUGUCAACAAUUUCAAGUGUUUUCAUAAUUUGUUUAUGGCAAUAAAAUUGUUGAUUUAUUCUGA